AUGACGCGCCGGCACACUUCCAUCGAUGGGAAUGUUGUCCAGCGCAACGCAAAAGGGUUUGAUAGAAUCCCACGACAGUCUCAUUAUUUCUCCGCGCCUAAGAAUCACCUACACGAUACACAUUAUAUGCUUCAAGACGCAAUGACCACUUCUGUUGAGUCCCCAUUUCGCAUCAUUGUCGUCGGCGGCGGCAUUGCUGGCGUAGCCGCCUCACAUAUGCUCCACAAGGCAGGGAUUGACCACGUCGUGCUUGAAAGAAGACCAAUAGUCGCGACGCCAGAAGGGGGGAGCCUAUUUAUUUACCCUCACGGGUCGCGGAUCCUCGAGCAAUUACAUUGUUUGAACGUUGUGGAAAAAGGCACCGUUCCGCCAGGUCGGUGGCUUGUCCGACUUCCAGAUGGCGAGAAGUUAAUGAACAGUGGUUUUUUCGGCUAUCUCAAAGAGAACCACGGUUAUGGUAUCCUCAUUUUCGAACGGCCCAAAUUUCUUCAGGACUUAUACGAUACCUUGCCGGAUAAAUCACGAGUUAGAACAAACUGCCCUGUACAGGAUAUUAGACAAGAUGAUGAUGGGGUUGAAGUGGUGCUGGCCAAUGGUGAGAUUGAGAGGGGCGACUUGGUCCUGGGUUGCGAUGGAGUAUAUAGCCUAGUCAGAAGUGUCAUGUGGGAAAAUGCGAAUCGGCAGUUCCCUGGGAUGAUUACGGCGAAAGAAAAGACUGCCAUAAAAGCGAACUGGUAUUGCCUCGUCUUUGUAACUCCCGGUAUCCCAGAGCUGGGCACUACGGAAGUAAACGUAAUUAAUGGCCCAAAGCACUCUCACAUGUUUACGUUGACGCCGCACCGAGGGUUCUUCGCCGUAUACUUCCUCCUAGACGAGCCUUGUCCGUGGCCCAAACGAGGGCGGCGCUUCACCGACCAAGAUAUGGAAGAAUUGGCUGCAUCGGUGGCAGAUCAUCCCUUAACAGAGACGGUAGUCUUUGCGGAAGCGUGGAAACGUCGAUUGCGAGCGAGCGUGGUCCACCUCGAGGAAGGUGUCCUAGACCACUGGUAUCAUGGGAGGAUAGCCCUGGCAGGGGAUUCUGCGCACAAGGUGAUGCCAAAUAUGGGGUUGGGUGGAAAUUCGGGCAUUGAGUCGGUCGCUGUUUUAACAAACCACCUACGGAAAAUGCUUGUAGACAACAAUUGGACUAAACCAAGCAAAUCGGCCCUCGAGAAAGCAUUAGCUGGAUAUCAGGCCGAGCGUUUGGAACGCAUGAGACACAUAUUCAGCUUCUCGUCUAACCUCUCGCAAGGAUGGUCAACUCCAUGGUAUAAGUUUUUGGCCCUUUGGGUACUACCAAUGCUGCCAGACAGGUCGCUAGUGGGUGAAAUGUCGGCAAUUAUCAGCUCUGCGCCAACACUGAAUUUUGUAGAGGCGGGUCGGUUUCCUUCGGGUCGCGUGCCCUGGAAUUAUGAGGUAAAGAAGACUUUAGUCUCAAAAGAGGGAGGCGGAGUCAAAACCAGCAAGCUGGGUGGGAUGGGUGUUCUAAUAGCAUUGACCGCGAUGAUUUACCUCUACCGCGCUUCGAGCCUUUAG